GACAGAAAAAACGUGAAACGUCAGUUUAUUAUCUUCAGUUAAAUAUGAAUUUUACAGAAAAAAUCUAGAAUUAUAAAAUUAGCACAAUGUAUCUUAACAUAAAAUUGGACUAUUCUAUUCCGGUGUAAUUUCAACAAUUUUAUAACAAAGCAGGACCAUGGUAUACCCCUAUUCAUGCAGCCAUUUGGCUACAGCAAUAAACAUUCCUAUUUCAACUUUAAUUAAUUCCAAAGAGCUGGUAUGUGCCGACUGUGAUUGCCAGGGACCUAACCUGUGGAUAUGCUUGCAUAAAAACUGCUUACAAAUUGGAUGCUCUGAAAAAUCUAAUGAUCACAGUACCCUCCAUAAUGCUAAAUUUCCUUCGCAUUGUGUUCACAUGAAUCUUUCCACAAGACGUAUAUGGUGUUAUGAAUGUAGACGAGAGGUAUUCCUAGAAUUAUCACCAAAUUCCUACAAUGACAGUGAUCAAGAAACUGAGGCUUGCACAGCAAGGUCCAGGGAUUCUGGACAUGGUAGUUACAGCACCCUUCGUACUAACACCCCAGAACGAGGAAAUAUUUUUGAACGUAGUGUUGGGCUGAAUGUGGGCAUGAGUGGCGAUGCCUCUGAUUCCAGUGACGGUGAGGAAUUCAGCGAAUAUAACAUCGACAGGCCGUAUGGUUUAGUAGGACUUCAAAACAUAGGAAACACCUGUUACAUGAACGCCGCUCUACAAGCAUUAAGUAAUACCGAACCACUAACAAAGUUCUUUUUGGACUGUGCCUAUGCGGUACAGAUCUUGUCUGAAGGAAAAAAACCUGGUUUGAGCAGAACAUACCAAGCACUAAUGAGGGACAUAUGGGUGAAGAAAAUCACUCAGGGAUAUGUAACCCCAUCAGGCAUUCUUUAUGGUAUUCGUAGCGUUCAUGCCAUGUUUCGCGGCUACCAACAACACGACACACAAGAGUUCCUUCGAAACUUCAUGGACCAACUCCAUGAGGAAUUAAAACAAAUAGCACCACCUGAGCUGUCUUCUAGUAGCGAUUCGGAUACGUUCAGCUUAGCGAUGGAGGAGCCGGCCUUCAGUUCUAGUUAUGAUUCCAGUGAAGGAGAGUAUGAGACUUGCGAUUCUGGGGUUAGCGAGAGGUCUAGCCUCAGCGAUGAUACGGAGAGGCCUUCUAACAGUGCCAAAAGGAGACUCAGUAGAUGUGCGAGUCCAAAUCGAAGGCAAAGGCAAAGAGUUCUAAGUUCGUCUGUCAUAGAUUCACAACCAAGCACAAGUUCUACCAACAGCACUUCGAGUAAAAAGCAAGUUAAAUACAGAUCCAUAAUUUCUGAUAUUUUUGACGGAAAACUACUUUCUUCAGUGCAAUGCUUAACGUGCGACAGAAUUUCAAGCAGGGUGGAGACGUUUCAGGAUUUAUCCCUUCCAAUUCCAUCCAGAGACCAUUUGGUUGUCUUGCAUGGAAGGUCCACAGCGCCAGGAGCUACCUGUUCGGAUGCUGUCAUUCCAGUCCAAGAUGGAUGGGUGUCUUGGAUUCUGGCCUGGUUAAGAUCGUGGUUUUAUGGACCUGCUGUUACGCUGCACGACUGUUUGGCCGCCUUUUUCAGUACUGAUGAGUUGAAGGGAGAUAACAUGUAUAGCUGUGAGAAAUGCAACAAGCUGAGAAAUGGCAUCAAGUUCAGCAAGGUUUUGCAGCUUCCUGAAGUUUUGUGUAUUCAUUUAAAACGAUUCAGACACGAGUUAAUGUUUAGCAGUAAGAUAUCAUCCGCAGUGAGUUUUCCGUUGAAAGGUUUGGACAUGAGGCCUUACUUACACACGGACUGUGUGUCAAAAAUUACAUCUUACGAGUUAUAUUCAGUUAUUUGUCACCACGGUACUGCUGGAGGAGGACACUACACAUGCUUUGCCUUAAAUUCUGGCCAAUGGUACGAAUUCGACGAUCAAUACGUAACGAAAGUUACAUCGGAUAAAGUACAGACCUGCGAAGCUUACGUUUUAUUUUACCAGAAAGUCAAUUCGAGUGCUGGUCUAAUAAGGGAAAAGGCGGAGAAAAUAUCUGAAUCGUGUGGGGAAAACGUCCAGAGAGCCUAUAUUUCAAGGCAGUGGAUCAACAGGUUCUACUACUGCGCGGAACCGGGUCCCAUAGAUAAUACAGAUUUCUUGUGUCAGCACGGAUCCAUUAGUCCGGAUCGUGAUUACGAUAUAGACAAGUUGGCCAUGGUUGUACCCUACGAAGUCUAUGACUAUUUGUACAAGAUAUUUGGAGGUUGCCCACCUUUCCCUAACCUGAGCAUUUGUCCCGCUUGUCGAGCACUGCAAAAACGAUUGCUAUUAGAAAUGGAAACUUUCGUACAAAUAAGUAGAGAAGCGCAGAAUCAGGACGCACCCCACACUCACUACCUGUCGACUUCGUGGUACUCCCAGUGGCACAAUUUCAUUCAGAAACGGAACCAAGAGCCGCCGGGGCCUAUCGAUAAUUCUAAAAUUAAUCUGAACCAAUUAGAUCUAAAUGAAGCCGCCGAGGUCCCAGAGUGUAUCUGGAAUUUCUUCAACAACAUAUACGGCGGCGGGCCCGAGAUUAGAAUUAGGUCGGCCAGUAUUCAGAGAACCGAGAGUGAAGAAAGUCUUGCGGAAAAUACCGAAGAAAAUUCGUUCAACCCGCUCGGAUCGAGGAGAGGGAGAACUGAAAGUAACGCAAGCGUAGCCAGCAACGAUGUUCCAGAAUUCGUGAUACCAUCUCUUAAAAAGGAAAAAACUGAUAAUAAACUCCUGAUUGACAAGGCGAUGUAUUCUCAUGGGGAACCAAUGGAAACCCAGAACUCUAACAAUCCUCCGAGCGAAGGAGAAAAUGAAAUUAAUGGGACGCAGGAGGAGACCGUUAAGGAAACCGAAGAAACCAGACCAAAAAGUGAGAGUGAACUGUUGCAGGACGCUUUAGCCAAUGUUGCAAAGGAUUUACCUAACACGGAUUUGACGAAUGUAGAUGACGACAUCGAUGAGGAGGAAGGCGAGAAACUUAGAAAUAACAAGAGGCAUCGAAGGAGAAGAAAAAAUCUAGUUAAUUUUUACUAUGCGGAUAAGAAUUAGCAAUAAAAAAUUGGACGUUUGUUGAUAUCAUUAUUAUUAUUAUUGGUUAGUUUUGUGUGCGUUAAAGUGGGUAAAUGAUGAGAAAAUAAGGGAAACUACUUUGUAAGAUAUUAAAAUUAUUAUAUUUCAUGUAAUUAAUUAUUUAUUCAAAUAAAUAAUGGAUGGAUCCUGGA